CAUGUCUGUGUAUAUAUAAAUAUAUGGGCCACUUCCUCUAAAGUAACAUACUUCGAGAUGGGAUUGGUUUUGUUCCUUACUUUCUCUCUCUUUCUUCUGACAAUAGUGUCUGGCAAUAGAGACAAUACCCACAGCUCAUGCACUUCAAUAUUUCCAGAUGAUAAACACCAAUCCAACGGUUCUGGCAUUCACCUCACCUUGCACCAUGUUCAUGGCCCAUGCUCACCUGUAACUGCACCACGGCUGCCACUUAUCGAUGUCCUCAAGCUCGACGAAACUCGGGUCCAGGCCCUAAACAACAGGUUAACAAAAGCCAAUGUCACAACAUCCUCCAUUCCAAAAUCCAGCGAUCUCACGCCGGAAUCUGUCGGCAUCCCACUAAAUCCAGGCCAGUCGAUUGGAGUCGGUAACUAUGUGAUCAAGCUUGGUCUAGGCACUCCAACUAAAUACUUCACAGUAGUGAUGGACACAGGUAGCUCAUUCAACUGGGUCCAAUGUGACCCAUGUAAGGUGUACUGCCACCCUCAAGAGGGCCCUAGAUUCAAUCCAUCUACAUCAUCCACAUACAAAAACCUAUCUUGCGGCAUGCCGGAGUGCUCGGCGCUGGAAGCUGCCACCCUCAAUCCCACAUCUUGUACAAAGUCCAAUGUAUGUGUAUACACUUCAGCCUACGGCGAUGGAUCCUACUCCGUUGGAUACCUUAGCCGCGACACAUUGACGGUGGCCCCAUCGGAGACAUUGCCCAGCUUCGUUUACGGGUGUGGUCAAGGCAAUCAAGGUCUUUUCGGUCGAUCGGCGGGCGUUAUCGGUCUAGCCCGUAACAAGCUCUCUCUACUAUCACAAUUAUCAUCAAAAUACGGUUAUGUAUUUUCAUACUGUCUACCUACACCUUCUUCUACUGGGACAUUAUCAAUUGGUAAAAGUACGUAUAAUCCAUCCAUAUACAAGUUCACACCUAUGUAUUCAGAUCGACGAGAACCAUCAUUGUAUUUUCUACGUUUGGCCAGCAUAACAGUAGCUGGAAAGGCUCUACCAUUAUCCACUGCAGUAUAUACACGUACUCCUACGAUUAUAGACUCUGGGACUGUAAUUACGCGCCUUCCAUCAGCUGUCUACGUACCCUUACAAACGGCCUUUGUGAAGGCGAUGGACGGGUAUAAGCAGGCACAACCGAUUUCGAUACUCGACACAUGCUUUGAGGGGGGCGUGCAGGGAAAGCACGUGCCGGAGGUUCGACUGAUCUUUGAGGGUGGCUCGGAGCUGAGGCUGGCGGCUCAAAACACAGUGAUUGAGCUGGAUGGCGUGACUUGCCUAGCGUUUGCCGAGACCACUAGCCUGGCCAUAAUCGGAAACCGCCUGCAACAGACGUUUGGGGUUAUGUAUGAUGUUUCCAGCUCAAAGAUCGGGUUUGCUGCUGGUGGAUGUGGUUGAUUAGGGUUGGACCCGUUUGGAUGACACGUUCUUCUCUAAUUUUUACAUGUUUGUAAUAAAAAAGAAAAUAGAAAAAAGAA